AGACCGCACGGACACGACGACGGUUGAGCGUCCGCCUGAAAUUGGAGGUGGAAGUGGUAAGCUCGGCCGGAAGUGUUGCCAUGUUGUCCUCAGAGCUGGGCAAGGAGAUGCUGCACACUGAGCUCUUGGAAACCUGGGAUGAGAAAGGCUUACCUCUGGAGGACUUCAGUGUGCUGGUGAGUUCUGUAGAAACCGAGACUGAAGAAACGACGCAAGCUCCGAGCGAAUCUGCAGUUGAGCAACCUCCAAAUGUCUCAAAUCUAGCGGUCUUAGUGGUGGUGGUCUGCACCUUGUUGUGCUCGGCAGUGGCUGGAGCGUUGUAUUGCUGGCGAUGGCAAAGAGUUGGCGCCACGGUGGUGCCUCAAAGUCCCAAGUUGCAGAUGCCCACAUCGCCCUGCCCACAAGCUCCAGGUGAAUCUUUGAAAUCGCCCAAGGGAGGCGCUUCCCCUGCGGCGGUAAGUGCCAUGAGGCACGCUGCCUCGGCCUCGGCCGAUGCCACUAAGCCGACUUUGACGUUGCCAGUGGAAGCCAGGAAGGAAAAGACUGAAAAGCAAUUUUUGGCUGAGCGCAAAGAUGAAGAAUCCGUGAAGGGAAAGAAGAAAAGCAAGGAAACCUUGAAGAAGGACAACAAGACCGCCGAGAAAGCUGCACCAGCUGAGUCGAAGCCUGAACCCUUGAAGAAGAAGGACAACAAGACCGCCGAGAAAGCUGCACCAGCUGAGUCGAAGCCUGCAGCUGUGGCUUUGCUGCUCAAGGGGGAACCCUUGAAGAAGAAGGACAACAAGACCGCCGAGAAAGCUGCACCAGCUGAGUCGAAGCCUGCAGCUGAAACUUUGAAGAAGGACAACAAGACCGCCGAGAAAGCUGCAGUUGCUGAGUCGAAGCCUGCAGCUGAAACUUUGAAGAAGGACAACAAGACCGCCGAGAAAGCUGCAGUUGCUGAUUCGAAGCCUGCAGCUGAACCCUUGAAGAAGAAGGACAACAAGACCGCCGAGAAAGCUGCACCAGCUGAGUCGAAGCCUGCAGCUGUGGCUUUGCUGCUCAAGGGGGAACCCUUGAAGAAGAAGGACAACAAGACCGCCGAGAAAGCUGCAGUUGCUGAGUCGAAGCCUGCAGCUGUGGCUUUGCUGCUCAAGGGGGAAACCUUGAAGAAGGACAACAAGACCGCCGAGAAAGCUGCAGUUGCUGAGUCGAAGCCUGCAGCUGUAUCUUUCCUGCUCUAG